AUGACGCAGCAGGCGUCGUACACGCUGCGCCACGCCGUCGCGUCGAGCAUCGUCGUCACGGUGCGGCCCCUCGGCGCGACGCUGUCGAGCGUCCUCGCGCCGGACCGGAACGGCGCCCUCGGCGAGGUGACCCUGGGCUUCGACGAGGGCGAGGGCGACGCGCCCUACCUCGACGGGCGGAGCGCCUAUUUCGGGUGCGUCGCCGGCCGCGUCGCGAACCGCACGAAGGGCGCGGCCUUCGAGCUCGACGGCGCGACGUAUACGCUCGCGGCGAACGACGGCGCGAACCACCUCCACGGCGGAACCGUCGGCUUCGACAAGCGGCGCUGGACCGUGGUCGACGCGAGUGCGACGGCGCUGACGCUCGCGCUGCGGAGCGGCGACGGCGACGAGGGCUACCCGGGAACGCUCGACGCCCGAGUGACCUACAGCCUCCCCGACCCGAGGACGCUGCGCGUGGCCUACGCCGCGACGACGGACAAGGCGACGCCCGUGAACCUGACGAACCACGCCUACUGGAACCUCAACGACGGCGGCGCGUCGCCCGUCGUCGACCACGAGCUCCAGGUCGACGCGUCGUUCUACACGCCCGUCGGCGAGGGCGCGAUCCCGACGGGCGAGAUCCGGCGGGCCGCGGGGGCCAUGGACCUCUCCGCCGGCCGCCGCCUCGGCGACGCGCUCUACGACACCGACGGGGGCGCCGGCUACGACCACAACUACGCGCGGCCCCGCGCCGGGGAAUCUUUCCCCGCCGCGACGGCCCGCGACCGCGCGCUCGGCGGCGCCGUCGCGCCCGGCGGCCUCCGGCGCGCCGCGGCGCUCUACGCGCCGGCGAGCGGCCGCGCCAUGGUCGUGUCCACGGACCAGCCGGGCGUCCAGGUCUACACGGGCAACUUCCUCGACGGCGUCGCCGGCCGCGGCGGGACGCGCUACGGGCGCCACGCGGGCCUCUGCCUCGAGACCCAGCUCUUCCCCGACGCGCUCCACAACGCGCACUUCCCCUCCGCCGUGCUCCGCCCGGGAUCGACCUACGCGCACGCGACGGAGCACGUCUUCUCCGCGGCCGCGGCGCGGCCCGCGCUCUGA